CCUUCCACAAUUUUCAUCCUUCAGGUUAAAAAAGAGGGUCAUCGAAACCCUCGCCUUUUCUUUCUUUGCUUCUUCGCCACUUCAUUCCGGUGAAGAAAAUCUCCUUUAUUUCCUUCUUUUCAUUUUCCCGUGGCGGCAAUUGAAUUUCUCGGCUAUAAAAUCAUGGGUUCUCGUCAUUUUCUCGCCGGAGAUUAAUUGCUGUUUAGUUCUUAACCUCUUUCUUAGACCCUUAACCUUUCUAUAUGGCAUCAGCUGUUUUAUCCAGUAUAAAUGAACCUCACUGGGAUGAACGAAAUGUUUAUAUGAGGAAAUAUACACCUAAUUCCACUCCUCAUCCUCAGUUUCACAGUCGAUUCAACCCUAAUCCAAACCCUAACCCUAACCCUAGCCCCAAUUUUAAUCUUACCAGACAAGUCCAAAAUGUAUCAGCCUUAUCUCAUCUCCGGCAGGCCAAUGAGCCACUUCCAAGGGCUGCUCCGUCGCCAUUGCCGCCACCAAGGGCUAACAAUAAUGUGCCGUUCAGUGGGAAACCAAAUGCCGUUUAUGAUCGCAACGACUCAUUUCACAGAGAGUAUGUGACUUUCAAUUUGGGUUCUUAUUCGAGAAAUGAGUUGAAGGACCUUAAGAAGCGGCUAAUCUCUGAUCUAGAUCGGGUUCGGGGCGUUCUAAACAGGAUAGAAGCCCCAGAUUUCGCUUCCAGGACACCGAUAGCACCACAGGUUCAACUGAACCAACCGGCAUUGGCCCCCAAUGUUAGCCGGCAUCAUCGGAAACAUGAAAAAGUUGGUGGUAAGAGCAAGAAGCUCACUGGACAAAAGCGAACAAGAGCAGUAGCCUCGGGGAAAGAUCAUCCUAAGCGGCAAGCAGUAGAAGGGGAUAAGUUUUUUGUAAGUAUGAUGAGGAAGUGCAGGCAGAUAUUGAUGAAAUUAAUGAAGCAUAGGCAUGGCUAUGUGUUUGACAAACCAGUGGAUGUUAAGGGUCUGAAACUAUAUGAUUAUUUUGAUAUCAUCAAGCACCCUAUGGAUCUUGGAACUGUGAUGUUAAGGCUGGACAGGAAUGAGUACAGAACGCCACAAGAUUUUGCAGCUGAUGUGAGACUUACAUUCAACAAUGCCAUCACUUAUAACCCAAAAGGCCAGGAUGUCCAUGCUAUGGCUGUAGAGCUUCUUGGUGACUUUGAAGAGAAGUUCAAACCAGCUUACAAGAAGUACGAAGCUGAGCACCGUGAAGUUGCCACUAUUAUGCAGGUGAAUCACCAGAAGAAUCUGUCUCAGCCUGCACCUAUUCCGCCACCAAAUGCCUUACAUGAACCAUUGCCGGUUGCGAGAAAAUCAGAGCCCGUGCGGUCACAUUCCACAUUGUUGAAUCAACACCAAUUUCAGAGUGUACCUGUUGCACCCUUUUUUGCACCCCCUGCUGUAAAAUCUCCUCCACAGCCUGUUUUUACGCCAAAUUCAGCUAAAAUGCGCAAGCCGAAGGCUAAGGAUCCUAACAAAAGGCAUAUGAUCCAUGAGGAGAAAGCGAAGUUAGCGGCCGACUUGCAGAAUCUCCCCUCAGAGAAGAUGGAUCAAGUCGUGCAAAUUGUGAAGAGGAGAACCCCUAAUCUAACACAGGAAGGGGAUGAGAUUGAGCUUGACUUUGAGGCCCUUGACAAUGAAACGCUGUGGGAGCUGGAAAGGUUUGUUGGUAACCAUAAGAAGGCUAUGAGCAAGUCGAAGAGACAAGGAGUCACUGAAGAUGCUGCUGCUAAACAGCUCAACAAGUCGCCUGGGAAGGCACCAACACCAGGACAAGCAAUGCCUCAAAACAAGAAAGUGGGUGUUGGGGAUGAGGAUGUUGAUAUAGUUGAGGAAAUAUCAAAACCAGAGCAAGAAAUGCCUCAAAACAAGAAAGUGGGUGUUGGGGAUGAAGAUGUUGAUAUAGUUGAGGAAAUAUCAAAACCAGAGCAAGCAAUGCCUAAAAACAAGAAUGCAGACAUCAGGAAAGAGGAUGUUGAUAGCGUUGAGGAAAUACCAAUACCAGAGCAUGUAAUGCCUAAAAACAAGAAAGUGGAUGUCGGGGAAGAGGAUGUUGAUAUCGGUGAGGAAAUACCAGGUGAAAAUUUUCCUCCUGUACAGAUUGAGAAGGAUGGGCCGUGUGUGAGUAGUGGGUCGAGCAGCUCUAGCAGCUCAAGUUCUGGCAGUGAUUCUUCUUCCAGUGAUUCAGAUUCAGGAAGUUCUUCUGGGAGUGAUUCUGAUGAGGAUAGUGUACAGUCUCCUUAUGUUGAGGCAAAAGAAGCUGGUACAACCUAAGCCAUUUUAUGGGUUUGAGAAUCAGAUAUUGGUGUCUCGGGAUUUUAUUCAACUAAAUAGUACUAUGGUGCUUCUGUUAGUAUUUUCUCUGGCUGGUUUUUGUGCAUCUGUUUAAGCAGCUCAGAAGAUAUCACAGUUUGGCUGGCUUUUGGAAGUAGGACUAGCUCAAGAUUUAGGAUAUUGAGAGGUUUUAGUUAACUACAGAGUAGUGGUAGGUAGGAUGUUACAAAUGGGGACUGACAACAAACAUUUGGGUUUAUUUUUUGCUUGUAUACAGAAAACCACCUGCUGAUUUUCAGUGUUUAGGAAGGAUAGAAGUAAAUUGUACAGUGCUGAACGACUGAGUUUGGGAAACAAAGUUGUAGUCUCUAUUAACCCAAGAAGAAAUCUCAUCUAGCUCUUCUAUUUGCA